AAGAUGAAGCUGAAAGUAUAUGCAGAUCGAAUGUCCCAGCCUUCACGAGCCGUUAUCAUCUUCUGCAAAGUAAACGGGAUAGACUUUGAGGAAGUCAGAACAGACAUAACCAAGCGCCAGCAGUUAUCUCCUGAAUUCAAAGAUUACUAUUAUAAUUGGAAAAAGAGGGAGAAGUGAGGAGAGAUUGAAGUGAUAGCAAACUUUUUUCAAGUGAAUCUUCUUCGUUUCUAUAUAAGAGUUGUUAAGGAAUCAUGCCAUCAGUCUAACAUGGAAUGGAGAGACUAGUUUCAUUUUCUCAACAUGUGAUUUCAGAAAUAAACCCUAUGGGAAAAGUGCCAGCUAUAGUUGAUGGACGAUUCAAGCUGUUUGAAAGUCAUGCAAUCCUUAUCUAUCUUGCUUGUGUAUUUCCUGGAGUUGCUGAUCAUUGGUAUCCAGCUGACUUUUUCAAGAAAGCUAAGAUUCACUCGGUGUUGGAUUGGCACCACUCUAAUUUACGCCAGGGAGCAGUUACAUAUGUUGUGAAUACUGCACUUGCUCCUGCACUUGGCCUACCCCUGAAUCCACAAGCUGCCUCUGAUGCUGAGAAAGUUCUCUCUUCAUCCCUAUCAAAGAUAGAGUCCUUUUGGCUCCAAGGGAGUGGACGAUUUUUGCUAGGUGGCAAUCAACCAUCUAUAGCAGAUCUAAGUCUUGUGUGUGAAAUAAUGCAACUGGAGGUUUUGGAUGAAAAUGAUCACAAUCGGAUACUUGCUCCAUAUGAGAAAGUUCAGCAAUGGAUCAAAGAUACAAGAUAUGCGACAAGGCCUCACUUUGAUGAAGUACAUAAAAUCCUCUUUAAAGCCAAAGCCAGGCUGCAAAAGCAGAGGUCAACUGGGGAAAACAGUGAGACUCAAUUAAGCUUGACAACAACGUUGCCCUCAAAGAUGUAAAAGUUGUUCCACUGUGUUUGUCUUGUACAGGCUCUUGCAUCUGUUUUUCCUUUUUCUUUUGGUGUGUGUUCCGUUUGCUUGAGAGCCUUGGGAGAUUAACUUUCAAAGAUACGUUUAGUAAUGCUGCAAUUGCGUCUAGCGCAUUUGUUAAGAUGUCGAUUGUCUUCAUUCUUAACAUUGUAGUCCUUCGACAAGAAUCCAAUUGAUGCAAGAAAAUUGCCUUGGUUACCCCAAA